AUGGUCUCUGCUUCCAAGGCUGCCCGUCUGGCCAAGCGUGGUGACGAAAAGAAGAAGCCCUCCAAGUCCAAGGGCAAUGAGACUCAAGACGCUGACACCAGCAACCCAUUGCCGGCGGACGAGCAACCCGCCACCACCGGCGAAAAGAUGAAAGACGUUGAGAAGCUCACAGCUCAGAUGGACAAGCACGGUCUGUCGGACCGUGUCACCACCGGUGUCCUCGCCUCGCAGGAAUCCUCUCGCGACGUUAAGAUCACUUCCGCCUCGCUGGUGUUCCACGGAAAGGUCCUGUUCAACGACUCUACUCUCGAACUGAACUACGGUCGUCGCUACGGUCUCUUGGGUGAGAACGGUUGCGGAAAGUCCACUCUGCUCAAGUCCAUUGCCUCGCGGGAAUUCCCCAUUCCUGAGCACAUCGAUGUCUAUCUCCUGAACGAGGGUGCUCCUCCUACCGAGUAUGGUGCUCUGGAGUGGGUUGUCCGCCAGGCAGAGGAGCAGAUGCAGCGGAUGGAAGAGAAAGCGGAAGAACUCCUUGAGUCUCUCGGUCCUGACAGCCCCAUUCUCAUGGACCUGUAUGACGAAAUCGACAAAAUGGACCCCUCCACCUUCCACACCCGUGCCUCCCUGAUUCUCACGGGUCUUGGUUUCAACAAGACCACCAUCAACAAGAAGACCAAGGACAUGUCUGGUGGUUGGCGUAUGCGUGUGGCGCUCGGAAAGGCCCUCUUCGUCAAGCCCUCGCUGCUGCUCCUGGACGACCCCACCGCUCACUUGGAUCUUGAAGCCUGUGUGUGGUUGGAAGAAUACAUGAAGAAGUGGGACCGCACUCUGGUCCUCGUUUCUCACUCCAUGGAUUUCUUGAACGGUGUCUGCACCAACAUGCUUGAUAUGCGUAUGAAGCAGCUCCUCUACUACGGUGGUAACUACGACUCGUACCACAAGACCCGCUCCGAACAGGAGACCAACCAAAUGAAGGCCUACGCCAAGCAGCAGGAAGAAAUUGCUCACAUCAAGAAGUUCAUUGCUUCGGCUGGUACAUAUGCCAACCUGGUCCGUCAGGCCAAGUCGCGUCAGAAGAUUCUGGACAAGAUGGAGGCCGAUGGUUUCAUCCAGCCCGUUAUCCCCGACCGUACCUUCUCCUUCCGUUUCGCCGAUGUCGAGAAGCUCCCUCCCCCCGUCUUGUCGUUUGAUGAUGUUAGCUUCUCCUACUCUGGCAAGUGGGAAGAUACCCUCUACCGCAACCUCGACUUUGGCGUGGACAUGGACUCCCGUACUGCCCUUGUCGGUCCCAACGGUGUGGGCAAGUCAACUCUCCUCCGUCUGAUGACCGGCAAGCUGAGCCCCAUCGGUGGUCGUGUUUCCCGCCAUACCCACUUGAAGCUGGGCAUGUACUCUCAGCACUCCGCUGAGCAGCUCGACUUGACCAAGUCCGCUCUUGAGUUCGUCCGUGACAGGUUCCCCGAGAAGAGCCAGGACUACCAGUACUGGCGUCAGCAGCUGGGCCGCUACGGUCUCUCCGGUGAAUCGCAGAUGGCCCUCAUGGGUACUCUGUCGGAGGGUCAGAAGAGCCGUAUCGUCUUUGCCCUGCUUGCCAUUGAGUCGCCCAACAUGAUUCUGCUGGACGAGCCUACGAACGGUCUCGAUAUCCCCACCAUUGACAGUUUGGCUGAGGCCAUCAAUGCCUACAGCGGUGGUGUUGUUGUCGUGUCCCACGACUUCCGUCUGCUCGACAAGAUUGCCAAGGACAUUAUGGUCUGUGAAAACCAGACCGUCACCCGGUGGGACGGAUCCAUUGGACAGUACAAGGAUUACCUGCGUAAGAAGAUGCUUCAGGCCGGCGCUGUCUAG